CAGAAAAGUAACAGCGGGCGCUGUCGUAAAGGAGUUGAAUGGAAGUGCUGCCACGUACAAUCAAGUGCACUACCGACUUCGGCAGUUGGCGAAAACUCAGCGUCUUCUAUGUUCAUCAGAGGAUAAUGGAAACGUCAGCAACAAUAGCGGUGUGGAGGAUGGUGACAUUGAUGAAGACGAACCCGGCACCGAGAACGAGGCAGAUGUGGAUUCCAUAACCAUGACCGUCCCACCCGCGCGCCGCCCUCAUGCAACCAGCCACACAACUAUCACCCACCACCCCACACGUCCACUUGGGCAGGCCAUGAGAU